UAAGGUUAGGCGUGUAAAUCAAAAGACAGCACAUGCUCAAAUGAGUCAAAUUCUAUGUAUUGCGUAUAUAUAACAAUAUAGAUAUAUAUAUACACACACACCCUUUCAGUUCAUCAAACUCCAACUCUGUUGUUACAACAAUCUUAGCAAGAAAUUCAACUUUAUAGGUCCUACAUAUUUAUGUAUUAAGACUUAUAAUAGCUUCUUGAAUUUUCUUUCCUCACUUUUCUCUGCAUUCUCUUUAUCAAUUUUCAUUUGUGCCUCAGAUCUGAUCCACAACUAUGGCUGAAAAGGUGACAUUUAUGAAACUCAAAGUUGAUCUUGAGUGUGAAAAAUGCUACAAGAAGGUUAAGAAACUUCUCGGCAAAUAUCCUCAAAUUCGAGACCAAAAGUAUGAUGAAAAAGGAAACAUGAUAGCAAUCAUGGUGGUAUGUUGUAGUCCUGAGAAGAUUAGAGACAAGCUUUGUUACAAAGGUGGAGGUUCUAUCAAAAGCAUUGAGAUAGUGGAUCCGCCAAAGCCCAAACCCGCUGAGCCCGAGAAGAAAAAGGAAGGCGAAGGCGAUAAGCCCAAGCCCGCCAAAGAGGCAGAGAAGCCCAAAGCUGCUGAGCCCGAGAAGAAAAAGGAAGGCGAUAAGCCCAAGCCCGCCAAAGAGGCGGAGAAGCCCAAAGCUGCUGAGCCCGAAAAGAAGAAAGAUUCGGAUAAACCCAAAGAUGCGGAAAAGCCCAAGGCAAAGCCCGAAGGUGAAAAGCCCAAAGAGAAAGCUGAAGGUGAGAAGCCCAAAGAUAAGCCCGUGGCGGCGGCUUCUAUGCAGAUGAUCCCACAAAUGCCAGCACCGAUGGCGGUGCCCGUUGGGAUGUGCUAUGUCCCAUCAUGCUACGAGGGUAGACCUGUCGUACCAUACGGCAGCGCGUACCCUCAGCAGUAUGGUGGGCCGGGACAAUAUUAUGAUGGAUAUUAUGCAAGGCCCGUUUAUGAUAGUUAUGGCGGAAGUGGGCCGUGUUAUGUGGGCCGUUGUGAUCAGUACCUCAGCGAAGAAAACGCAACCGGGUGCUCAAUCAUGUGAUUCUUCUUCACUUCAUGUUCAUGAAAUUGUUAAUUUCUUUUUUUUUAUUACUAAAAUAUUAAAAUGCAUAUGUUUCAUAUAGAGAGAGAGAAAUGGCAGGUUCUUUGUGGCAUAAAAUGCAAUAAUGUAUACUAUAAUGUCUCGUUUAACUUUUGAUAUAAUAAAGUUACAAUCUAAUUUGUACACUA